CCCUGGCUGCUCCCGGCCUGGCGGGGUGGCCGUGGUCACGCUGGGGGUCACCAGGCUCUGGUGUGGCCCCAGUCAGUGCCCGGCCAUGCUCUGGUGCCAGCUGAGCCCCGCUGCGGGCAGGGGUAAGCUCAGCCAUGGCCCUGCUCCUGCUGCCCGCCGCCAGAGCCAUCCCUGGGACAGGAUCCAUGGCACAGAAAUUGAAGCCAAGAAAGCCUGUGACUGGCUCCGGGCAGCGGGAUUCCCCCAGUAUGCCCAGCUGUACGAAGAGUCAUCAUUCCCUCUUGACAUCAGUGCUGUGAAGAAGGACCACAGCUUCCUGGACCAGGAUUCCCUCAAAUCCCUGUGCAGGAGGCUGAUGACCCUGAACACCUGUGCCUCCAUGAAGCUGGAUGUUCACUUUCAGCGUAAACAGAAUGAAGACUCUGAGGAGGAAGAGCAGUGUGCCAUCAGCAGCCGGUGGACCUUCCAGAGGGACAGCAAAAGGUGGUCACGGGUGGGGUCCGCCGACAUCCUGUCCCAGGGCUCAGAGGCCCUGAGCUGCACCAUGCGCCCGGUGUCCAGCCACGAGAGCGUCCUCACGGACCUCAGCACCAACCCCGAGGCCACGUCCCUGCACAGCACGGGCAGUGUGGGCAGCGUGGGUGGCACGGGCUGCACCGCGGCCAUGCCAUCCGAGCCCCCGUCCCCUCUCCGUGCCGCUGCCACCGCCUCCAGCUGCAGCCAGAGCGAGGGUUCUGCGCCGGAGCAGCCCCCGGGCCAGGGAGAGGGCUCCAAGGAGAAGCUGAAGAAGCGCCGGUCUCGAAGCUUCCUGAAGAGGAUCGAGUCCCUGCGGAGGAAGGACAAGGAGAAACCCAGCCCAGACAGGAGGGUGGCUCCGCGCAGCAGCGCCACUCUGCCACCGGGAUGGGGCUCUCUGAAGAGCGAUGGGGACCUCGCGGCCGCCAGGACCAACUCCUCUAAAAGAGGGACACCUGCCCCUUUCCACAGCAAAAAACACUUCUUCUCGGUAUCAUACAGGACUAACCGCCUGCUCGGCCCCGGGGGCACCAAGGGCAGCUCAGACCCCAAACGCGGUGGAGUUUACCUGGAGGAUUACGACGCAGACACAGCCACUGCCGCCGGCGGUGCCUGGGCUGCCGCCGAGUGCCAGCGCCGGGCUCGCCACGGCGAUUGCCUGGUCUAUAUCCCCUGUGACCACAAGCCCGGCACCUUCCCCAAAUCCCUGUCCAUCGAGAGCUUGUGUCCCCUGGCCGGCAGCUCCCGCUGGAACGCGGGGAGCGCGGCCGUGGGGCUGGGCAGGGGCGGCAGCAGCAGCAGCGCCGAGGGCUCGGCGUCCCCCAGGGGCUUCGCCCGCCGGCGCCGGGGCUCCUGCAGCUCCCUGGGCAGCCGCAUCAGCGUCUACGACAACGUGCCGGACUUCGGCAGCAGCGAGGAUUUCUGCAAGGACGGGGAGGUCACCUACGAGAACCUCGACGACAUCCUGCAGCACGUGUGGGGGCUGCAGCAGAAGGUGGAGCUCUGGUGUAAAGCCGUCUCCCCUGGCCUGGAUGGGGAGGUAGGGGGCGAGGAAGAGGAGGAUGAGGAGGAGUCGGACUCGGGAGGGGAACCCUCCAACCUGCAUUUCGAAGAACAGUCCAUGUCGGAUGUUGGCACCUCUGCCAGUGACUUUGGUAGCACUGGGAACUCCCUCAACGAGGCUGAAGAGAUCGAGACACGGGAGCGCCGGGAUUCGGGGGUGGGAGCAUCUCUCACAAGACCCUGCAGAAAGCUGCGUUGGCACAGCUUCCAGAACUCGCACCGGCCCAGCCUGAACUCGGCCUCGCUGGAAAUCAACCGCCAGUCAUCGGCCCAGCUCAACCUGCUCCAGAAGUGCUCCCUGCUCCGGCUCACAGCCAUCAUGGAGAAGUACUCCGUGCCCCACAAGCAGGCCUGGACGUGGACUGUCCCCAAGUUCAUGAAGCGGAGUAAAGUCCCUGACUACAGGGACAAGAUGGUUUUUGGGGUGCCACCCAUUGUCAACGUGCAGCGGACGGGGCAGCCCCUGCCCCAGAGCAUCCAGCAGGCCAUGCGCUACUUGCGCAGCCAGUGCCUGGACCAGGUUGGCAUUUUCCGCAAGUCCGGGGUGAAGUCCCGGAUCCAGGCGCUGCGGCACAUGAACGAGACCAGCCCCGACAACGUCGACUACUCGGGGCAGUCGGCGUACGACGUGGCCGACCUGCUGAAGCAAUACUUCCGCGACCUGCCCGAGCCCAUCUUCACCAGCAAGCUGACCGACACCUUCCUGCAGAUCUACCAGUUCGUGUCCAAGGAGCAGCGGCUGCAGGCGGUGCAGGCCGCCAUCAUCCUCAUGCCGGACGAGAACCGGGAGGUGCUGCAGACCCUGCUCUACUUCCUGAGCGACAUCGCCUCGGCUGAGGAGAACCAGAUGACGGCCGGGAACCUGGCUGUGUGCCUGGCUCCUUCCAUCUUCCACCUCAACGUGUCCAAGAAGGAAAGCACAUCGCCCAGGGCCAUACACAAGAGGGGCACCAUGGGGAAGCCGGACCAGAAGGACCUCAGUGAGAACAUGGCUGCCACGCAGGGGCUCUCCCACAUGAUCAGCGACUGCAAGAAGCUCUUCCAGGUCUCCCAUGACAUCUUGCUGCAGCUGAGCAGCUCCUAUAUGGCUGCAGAUGCUUAUCCCCACCCCCUGGCUGACUUGGUGUGCCAGGGGGAGAGCAAGCAUUUACACUCCUACUUUGAGCAGAGUGUCCAGAACCUGCUGAAAGAGUCAUCAGAGAAAUUCAAGGGGUGGCUGAGCACGCCGGGGCCCCUGAACACGGAGCUGUCCUGCAAAAAGGUUGGGGACGGGCACCCUCUGCGCCUGUGGAAGGUCUCCACGGAUGUGGAGGCCCCUCCUGCCACGGUGCUGCACCGGGUGCUGCGGGAGCGUCACCUGUGGGACGAGGACCUGCUGCAGAGCAGGGUGGUGGAGGCGCUGGACAAGGACAUGGAGCUGUACCACUACGUGACGGACAGCAUGGCCCCGCACCCGCGCAGGGACUGCAUGGUGCUCCGGCGCUGGCGCACGGACCUGCCGCGGGGAGCCUGCCUGCUCAGCUCCCUCUCGGUGGAGCACGACAAGGUGCCACUGGAGGGAGGUGUCAAGGCCAUCGUGCUGACGUCCCAGUACCUCAUCGAGCCCGGCGCCAUGGGCCGCUCCCGGGUGACCCACAUCUGCAGGGCUGACCUCAGGGGCCGGUCUCCCGAGUGGUAUAACAGGGUCUUUGGCCACCUCUGUGCCAUGGAGCUGGCGAGGAUCCGAGACUCUUUCCCAGCGCUGAGUCCCACUGGCCCCGAGACAAAGAUCUGAGGCAGCAAGAAGAUGCUCUGUCCUUUCAGACAUGGACUUGCCAUUGGAUGCAGCCUGGGGCUCUCAGCAGGAAGAAGCAUGGUGUGGUGCAGUGCCUGUGGAGGGGCAGACAGAGGCAUAUAUUUAUAAAUGUCCUUUCACCCCGGGCUGGGCAGUCCCGUGCCACGGCCCAGGUGCUGCGGGGCAGGGUGGCUGCAGAGGGGAAGCCAUGGUGUCCCGCUGGAGAGGUGGGAGAGCAGAAGGAAGGAGUGGCCAUGGGGUGAGCCCUGAAUGCAGCCUGUGGCAGGAGCCGGGGCCCCCACACUUGCCAGGAGCAGCAGCAGGGGUGAAGGAGCGUGGAGAGAGGUGGGAGGAGCGAAAACAGGGCCGUGUC